AUGACACUGCCUGCCAGGAGCACUGGGCACUUGCAGGCACCGGCAGCAGACACCCUGCAGCUGGGGCAGGGGCUUCUGUCCCAGUACUACCCAGAGCAUGCCCUGGGAGCUGGGGCUGCUCACCAGAAGCUUCUUUCAUUAGUGCUUAUUGACCAGUACCGGGAGGACCAAGCCAAGGCCGGCGGCCGCGGACGCACCGCGCUGCGCGCUCCAUCUCCGCGCCGCCGCGCAGACCCUCCAUCUUCCUGCUCAGCGCCCGGCCCCGCUCGCCCCUGCCUGGGGGGUCCCGCUGCCCUCCGGGGCUCCUGCCGCCCUCCGCGGCUUCCCUGCCCGAGCCCCCCUCCCCCGCCACACACGCUCACACGCGCGCGCGAACACACACACACACACACACAGACACGCACACACACUGACACGCCAGCGAGCUGCUGGCCGCUCAAUGGACCGAUUUCCCCAGGUUCCCUGAUCUCAGCCCAGCCCGGGAUGAGAAAUUGCAAAAUGGCCCGGGUCGCCAGUGUGCUGGGGCUGGUCAUGCUCAGCGUCGCCCUGCUGAUUUUAUCGCUCAUCAGCUACGUGUCCCUGAAAAAGGAGAACAUCUUCACCACUCCCAAGUACGCCAGCCCAGGGGCGCCCCGAAUGUACAUGUUCCACGCGGGAUUCCGGUCCCAAUUUGCGCUGAAGUUUCUAGACCCGUCGUUUGUGCCCAUUACGAAUUCUCUCACCCAGGAACUCCAAGAGAAACCUUCUAAGUGGACAUUUAAUCGGACAGCGUUUUUACAUCAAAGGCAAGAAAUUCUUCAGCAUGUCGAUGUAAUAAAAAAUUUUUCUUUGACCAAGAAUAGUGUUCGGAUCGGACAACUGAUGCACUAUGAUUAUUCCAGCCAUAAAUAUGUUUUCUCUAUUAGCAAUAACUUUCGAUCACUGCUUCCAGAUGUGUCACCCAUUAUGAAUAAGCAUUAUAAUAUUUGUGCUGUGGUUGGAAAUAGUGGGAUCCUGACAGGGAGCCAGUGUGGACAAGAAAUAGAUAAAUCAGAUUUUGUUUUCCGUUGCAAUUUUGCCCCUACGGAGGCUUUCCAAAGAGAUGUUGGAAGGAAAACCAACCUUACCACCUUCAACCCCAGCAUCCUGGAAAAAUAUUACAACAAUCUUUUGACCAUUCAGGACCGUAACAACUUUUUCCUCAGUUUAAAAAAGCUUGAUGGGGCCGUUCUUUGGAUCCCUGCAUUUUUCUUCCACACUUCAGCAACUGUUACCAGAACAUUAGUUGACUUUUUCGUUGAACACAGAGGUCAGUUAAAGGUCCAAUUGGCUUGGCCUGGAAACAUAAUGCAACAUGUCAACAGGUACUGGAAAAACAAACAUUUGUCACCCAAACGGCUGAGUACAGGUAUUCUUAUGUACACCCUUGCAUCAGCAAUAUGUGAAGAGAUCCACUUGUAUGGAUUUUGGCCUUUUGGAUUUGACCCCAACACGAGGGAAGAUCUUCCAUACCAUUACUAUGACAAAAAAGGAACCAAAUUUACCACCAAGUGGCAGGAAUCCCACCAGCUGCCUGCUGAGUUUCAGCUGCUGUACCGGAUGCAUGGGGAGGGGCUUACCAAGCUGACUUUGUCACACUGUGCCUAA